AUGAUGGGUCCAAACUCUGUUCGCCGAAACCUCUUUCAUGGAAACCUCAGCCGCCGACCGGCUUCUGCAGGACCCCCCAAUGGCGCCGUGCCUCCAAACCCAAGCAAUUUAGCAAACCGCCCCUCGCACCGGCUAAAGCCUACAUCCUCUGAUAUGGGCCCCUCUUCACGACCUUUGAAGACUACAGAGAAUAAAGAGAUUGUGGUCAAAGACAGGAAUGGGAGCUACAAGCUUGAAGUUCCGACGUUGCCGCCACCGAUGAUUGAGGAGGAUGGGGAGGAGUUGGGUGAGCUCGAAGGUGAGGCUUUUGAUUCACAGCUUAGUCAAGGGGAGAAAGAGAAGUAUGAGGCUGCGCUGGUGGAAAUGGUGAAUCGGCAUCGCGCUGGAGUACCGAGUGAUGAGCCUGACGAGCUUCUGAAUAUCUUGAAUGACAGCCUACGCAAAAAGGCAGCCUCGUUGGAUGACGAUCAUUGGAUGUUCGAGCCCGAGAAGGACUCAUUUUUGAACUAG